AUGGAUUUGCAGAGUCAGUCAUCCACGACAAAUACAAACGGAGAUAACAGUGAAAUCAUGUGGGAUGCAGAAAUUGAUUCAGAUGAUCUCAGAAACAUUAGGGAAAGGAUGCUAGAACGUGUUGCUAAAUCAGACGCUCACUUUAAACAUCAACAGUUAGGAGAGUCGGAUCUCACUAAAGCAGAGAAAUUACAGAUAGCAGAGAAGCUCUUAAACAAGGGAGAUAAAACUUUCCUGGAAAGAUUCUGGCAAUAUUUAUCUCCAGAGGACUUAGAAUAUUUCUCCAAGAGUAAAGGUGAUUAUGAAGUCAAGUUCUAUCUGCAGGAAAUCAAGAAAAACUCUAAUGCUAAUUUCUGUACCAAUGUGGUGAAAAACAGACGUUAUGAAGCAAUGAAGAAGUUGGAGAGUGAUGGGGAGUAUUUCAGUGAAGAGGAAAUGAAGUUCCGAGAUCCAUAUCUGUAUGAACAGUUGAUUGGUCAGUUUAUCACUGAGGAGGAGGCACAGCAGAUGAUUGACAAGUCAGACCUCAGAUUCUCUACCAUCCUAUUAAAACAUAUGGAUAAAUUGGGCGAAAAUGAGCUUUAUCGAAAAGAAAAAGAAAAGGAGGAAUGUCAAAUGGAAGAAGAGGAUACCAGUGAUGAAGAAGAAGAAAUAGAGGACGAUACAACAGGUAUCGAAAUAUCAGAGGAGAAGAAAAAGGACCUGAAAGCAGAAUUCACUCGAAUCAUGAAGGAGAGAUUUAUGGCUGGAGAAGACAGACAUUUUGAUUACAGCUCUGUGGACCACAAUACUGAUUAUGAUGACCUCAAUGUUCUUGACCAAGAUGAGGAAGAAAAGUACUUUGAUUCCGAGGAAGCAGAUGUUGUAAAGGCUAACAACCUGAUGGAGGAGCAGACGCAAACAAAGGCCAUGUGCUUUGAGGACAGCUAAUGUGGCAAUGUGCAGGGCGACUCCGAAUUCAGCAAUAUGGAAAAGCGUAGCUGUCAUUUAACAAUUCAUGUGUCCUUUGAACUUUUAAAAUGUUUUAUGAUUACAUUGUACAUAUUUUUAUACAAUUCUCCUGCCUUUCAUUUGUACUAGAUAUUCCUAGAUUUGGGAAGACAUGUUGUGGAUGGAGCGUUGUUCUGCCAUUGUCAAACCAAUGAUAAUUUUGUGUCAUAUUUUGAGGGAAAACAAAGUGGUUGCAUUUGACUAUUGACAUGACCACAAGGAGUCAAAUUUUGCCACAAUGUACAAAGGCAAUGUCUUCUUCAAAGACACACAUUUUAUCUAGAGUCUCAGUUAAAAGCUUUCAUGUAGAA